CGGCGACAAUGACAGCCGAGUGGUGAUUAAUGUCAAAUUUAUGAAGAAAUCAAUAGUCAAAAUAUUUAUGUAAUUUAUUAAAAUAAAACGAGAUGAAUAAGAAUUUCCAUCUAUUCAGGAAUUACAUUAGAAUAUUUAGAGGAAGAUCAUUUAGCAACAAAGUUGAAAAUGUGAACGAAAAUGAACCAAUAAAAUUUUCAACCAGUGGCGCUGCUAAAGCUAGGAUAAGACCGAUCUUAGCAACACCAAGAAACAUGCCCUGGUAUCAGCCAUUUAGUGUAGUUGGAAGUGUUGCAGUUUUCCUCAUAUACUUCUGUAUGAUUCGAGAAGAAAGUGAUAUCGACUCUGAAUUUGAAAAAACCUUAUAUGACAGACUCAAGGGCUUAGAAAAGCAGCAGUUGCUUAUUAGCUAUAGAUUCAAUAAAGAAAAUGGAAGGAGUGUCGCUGAAAUUGAACAACGUCUAAAAGAAAUUGAGGAAGAGGAAGCAAAACUUGUAGCUUAAUAAGAAUAGUAUUUUUGUAGAUAAUCUUUUAAUUAUAUUGAUUUGUGAUUGUUAAAAA